AUGACAACAUUUAAUGAUAAUGAAAUACAAGAAUGGUAUAAAGGUUUUAUGAAAGAUUGUCCAAGUGGAAAUUUAACAAUGAGCGAAUUUAAAAAAAUAUAUUCACAAUUUUUUCCUUAUGGUGAUUCUUCAAUAUUUGCAGAACAUGUAUUUCGACGAUUCGAUGAAGAUCGUAAUCAACAAAUAUCAUUUCCAGAAUUUUUAACAGCAUUAAGUGUCACUUCAAGAGGAAAACUCGAAGAAAAACUCACAUGGGCAUUUGGAUUAUACGGUAUCUAUCAUUAG